AUGAGGUACUUUGCAGGCAUCAUCCGUUCAAAACCAUCCUGGUGGGAGAACAUUCACGACCCUGUCACUGUCAAGAAGUGGCGGGACGAGAUGGUAGAGCAUGACCGAGUCACGCACGAUGAGCUCUGGGGAGGAGACCUCCGCUUCAAACUAUACAAGAAAAAGGCCAACGAUGGUGAACGGGGACGCCGUAGGGGAGACGUGAAAUGGUGGCCCCGGGAGUUGCUUACAGAGGCCCAGAUCAAGUACAUUUUUGACGAGCUUCUGCAUGCGGCUUCGAAGCGUGACCCAUCCACUGGGGUGUUCACGAGCCACAUACAGAUGGCUUUCGAGUCGCAUUCUCUCGUCGAUGGCGCUCUCAAAACUCGGCUCGCACGCGCCGUAGUCGCCCUCGAGGACCUCCCCGACGACCAGAAAGUCUGGCACCCGAAAUUCAACAACCAGGUUCUUGAUCUCGUUCAUCCCUCCAUGUACCCUCUCUGCAUCGGUCACACGUACUUUCGUGUACCUAAUCCCAAGGGAGGAGAACCUGUCCUCACGCUACUCGACCGCAAGAAGUACCUUCAAGUACAACCCGCUAGUAACUCAUAUAACCCUCGCUACUCGGCAUCCGAUGCCUACCAGUGGCUCCCGACCGACUUCGCUGUCUCUCUUAACGGCGACGUCACAACUGCUGGCUACAUCAACAACGCGCACCCGUCGCGGCACCGCGCGCUCUAUCCUGUCGUCACCUCCAUCGUAGUCCGAUUUGUGCCCAUGUUCGAGCGUAUGAUCUCAAGCACUCUCAAUAUGCAAAGACCCGUGGAUUACAUCGCGAUAGAGGUGGACGGACACGAGUGGUACAACCACCUCGAGGUCAAGGAACCGGAGGACGACGACGAUGACAACACCUACAAAGACCGCCACGCGGAGUGGGAGCGCCUGCACAAGUGGCCGCGCAUUCCCGAUCCGAAACUUUUCACCCCCCUUCCCACCGACGCGCGCACCGAGUUCUCGCUCAAGGGCCGUACGAUCCAGGUCAUCGUCAAGCUCACGAACGUCCAUCUCACCCCCGACAACCCGUUCUACCCGGGCGGCUCGUGGCACGUCGAAGGGAUGGGAAACGAGCGGAUCGUUGCGACCGGCCUCUACUGCUACACGAUGGAGAACGUUACAGAGAGCGGGCUCGCCUUCCGUCACUGCGUGGGGUCCGGGGAGUCGGGGUCGGAGCUCAUGUAUCAGCAAGGCGACCGCAAAGGAUACACCACCGCGUUCGGGUUCGCAUGUGAUGACCCGUUCAGCCAGCCGCUCGGUCACAUCGUCGCCGCGGAGGGAAAAUGCGUAGCGUACCCAAACUUCUACCAGCACCGCGUCGAACCGUUUGAGCUCGCGGACAAGACACGGCCUGGGCACAUCAAGAUCCUCUCGCUCUUCCUCGUCGACCCCACGACGAGGAUCUUGUCGACGUCGGACGUCCCGCCCCAGCAACGCGAGUGGGCUAUCGCUCAAGCGGAGCAGGUGCCGGCCUUGCAGAAGCUGCCGCGGGAGCUGUACGAUAUGGUUGUGGGAUACGCGGAGGAAGGACUGAUGUCGCGCGCGCAGGCGGAGGAGCAUCGGGGACGACUGAUGAAGGAGCAGGCUGCGUUUACUGAGACUUACAACGAAGAGUCCUUUGAGCAGCUGUUCUGCGGGGUCGAGAAUAAUGACGAUUAUUAG